AUGAGUAUACAAGUAACCGUGAAUUGGGAGAAAAAUCAAGUCACCUGCUCCCUUGAUAUCUCUCAACCUCUUUCUACCAUAAUAAAGUCAUUAUGUCUGGAACAGUUUGACAUUCAAGAGCCAGCAGUUCUGUACGCACUAAGACUGCAAGAAACUGAAGAGCUCAUCACGGAAGAGAAUUUGAGGAGAAAAGUCACCGAGAAUGAAAGAUUAAAAUUGGUUGCGUCGCCAAUCAUUGAAGCAGCUGAAGUUUGUGAAAAGUUGGGGUCUAACGAUGAGAAGACGUUCAAGCUCACAACGUUUUCCCUUCAGAAGUUGAUCAGGGAAGUAGAAUUCUUUGACGAGUUUCUGAGAAGAGGGGGAUUGCGCUCUCUUAUCGAGAUUAUAAAUACAGCGAGUGGUAAUACCCUUGCCUAUGCGUUGACAUCUAUGCAAAAUUUGAUGGAACAUGACCAUGGUUGGGAAGAUCUCGACACACUCUUCAUUAACAAGGUUAUAAAAAUACUUGUCAAGCAAACACUUGUCAAUAUUUGUCGUCCCGCAACUGCGAUUAUAAUCAAACUUGUCACUGCCGACAAGAACUCGCCGAAUUCUCCAAUACGUUGUUAUGGGUUUGAUGUGCUUCAUGAUGCGAUCUUAUUACAACCUAAUUUCCUGCCAACGUUGGUACAGCGCCUCGCGUCUGCUGAUUAUGUGCUACGCCUCAACAGUCUUUGCCUCAUUAACGCUCUCAUGAGACAUGUUACUGACCAGUAUUGGGAGUCGUUUAUGGAUAUGUUGAAUAAAUUGAAUGUUAGAAAAGCCGUCGCGCUCCUCAUGAAUGGUCAUCCAAACGAGGAAUUAUCAAAACACCUUUUGGAAUUUCAGUCACUGUGCGUUCGACAAGCUUAUAGAUGGAAGAGGACUCAGGUAUCUCUCCACAUUCCUUCACAUAAAGCUACUUUGGAGGAACUAUGGACAAACGCUAAUUUGCCAGAAGACGGAGCAAAGUGGAGGAAAAUAGGAUUUGCCACAGAGGCGCCUAAAUGGGAAAUACAGCGCGUCGGUUAUCUUGGUCUAGAGAAUAUGCAUGGAUUUAUGAAGAAGGACACUGAAUAUUAUCAAAAGACAUUACUAGAGCAAAUCAAUCGACCGGCUGAAAGAAGAUGUCCAUUUGCCCGAACCUCAAUUGAGGUCACGGAAUUACUAUGUGACUAUUGGGACGUUAGUACUGGAUACACAACCUCCACUUCAUUUCAACCGUUACUGCUCUCAUUCAGUAAGAUCCAUUACAUUACUGUAAAGGCUUUCUUCCGUAUGUGGCACGAGAUGGAAGCUACUGUAGAUGACUUCCCAAAGGUAUCUGCUCUCGUGAGGAGUCAAUUGAAAUUCGCAUUACGUGAUGAAGCAUCGAAGCAGUUAUACGAAUUUGAGAAGGAUAUGUUAGAAGUAGAAUAUAAAGUAAUUAGAGAUAGACAACUGAAAGAGCUAGAACUUGGUGAUGACUUGUUGAGUAAGACGCCUGUUAGCAGAUUGUAUGCAGAAUCAUACGAAAUCGUAAAACAGCAAAGAAUAAAAUGUCUCCUUCGUGGUGCAUGGUUUCCUAUAUCACCUCCUGCUGCGAAUACCCAACCUCAACAAACUGGUCGUAGAUCUUAUUCAAACAAGAAAUGGAGAUUUUAUCGUUUGAGUCCUAACCGAAAAUUUUUACAUUAUGGGGAUUUUAUGGAAAAGAUCGAGUUAAGGGACGGAGUUGAGGAUUUGAUGGAGAGAAUUGAUUUAAGCCUUGUAACAGAUGUAAUAACCGGACAAUCCUCCCAACAAGCUACGCUUUCUUCUUCCCCUCCGCGCGCAAAGAUCCAUCGCUUCUCACAGGAUCUUUCCUUUUCUCUCACAUCAGGCCCUGACACGUCUCUUGCUGAUUUUGUUGCCUCCGACCCGAUACAGUAUUCGGAAUGGACUGACGGUUUUAACAUGCUAUUUGACAAAAAUAUCCGAUCAAAUGAUACCGCAGAGCAUAUUCACGUGUUGACCGAGAUUGGAGUUAAAGUAAAAUUGUUGGAUUUGAGCGGAGAACGCGUAGAGAUACCGCAAAGUGUUGAGGUACCGUCCGAGCUGCCGUUAGUUUCGGGAGGAUUUUUUUACGAUGACCUGUUUGCCUGA